AUGAGGCAAGUGCGUGCGUGGAUGGGGGCUCCGGGCGAUGCCCGGGGCCCUGGAGCCCCUCAGGCCCCCGUGGUAGGUACUGGCGUCCUGCACGGAACAAUCACGGAACCGUCCAAAAUAGCAGCCCGAAAAAUCAUAUGCGAAGCACCCCAGAAGUUCGCCUGGACGCCCAGGACACCGAGCGGCGCGGGCGGUCAUUUGGGUGAUUUUGGGGACCCCAGAAUUUCGAUGAGAGACACGCAUCUGGGCUCUCCAACGGUGGAACCAGAGACACCACACAGUAUCGGCAGCGGCGCACAAGAUUGGAGAUUUGAUCUAGAAGUGGAAGCUGGAAAACACGAGGACGGCGGACGGAGGAGCAGGUCGGGUCCCCGGCAGCCGGGCUCAGGGACCCGACGCAAACGAUUCGUCCUCUUGUGUGCCCUUGAUCCUCUUUCGGCCACUAUCGACGCUGUCCCCUGGCUCGAGUACAGAGAAGCAUCGAGCUUCGUGAGACAAGGUCAGAAGUCAAAAGGAUGGAUGAUGGCCGAAAGCCGGGAACCAGAGUUAGGUUCCCGUACCUUGCGAGAUGAUCUUGUGCUGUCCUGGCCAGAUGCCCGUGUUCUACGGCUGACGGCUGUGUCGAGUAUCGGGAGACCAUCACGGUUACACCAGACAUUCUUCAACAGCGUCACCAGUGGACAUGCCUCUGGCAGUCGUGUAUCGGUGAUUUCGCUCAUGUAUCGACAUUUGUUCUCCUCUCCGGACCCUCUUCAACUUUUGUUUGGCCUGGUUUGCUCACCUAAACCUCCCUCUAGCGCCCAAGGAAUCCACAGUCCCAAGAGGGUUAGGGCAAAGAGUUCAAUUGUCAGAGCGAUCAUGGAUCCAUUGUGCGGUGUACUAGUUCCACUCGGCCCGCACUGCGAUUCAGUAUGUACUCCGGUCGGGUCGUCGUUAUCUGAAACUCCGGAAGAAAACCCACGGUCCCAUGCCCUCUCCGCUUCAAUGUUACCUGGCAUCAUCAGAUUUGGUCGCGAUUGGUGCACAGAAGCAGACGCAAUGGCGGCUUCAUCGAUAUUGAAGGGGUCGCUCUAUCAGACGCGAUAUAUGAACAACAGCCAGCCACCUACCGGCAAAUGUGGUUCUCAAGGUCUUCAGAACACAAAUGGAUGA